GUAACAUAUACAUACAGUGACGUGCGCAAGGACGCAUGGGAAGGAGGUCGGGUCAAAUACAGCUUGGAGCCCUCCCCUUCCUUCAUGGUCGUUUGAUCGCUCUCUUUUACUAAUAGCUUCCCCUCGUCUCUACAGUUUUCAUGUUUUGCGCGUAGAGAUAGAGAGAGCGAUUGGAAUUCGAGUUGUUUGGGUUCAGCCUGAGAAUCGCCUGAGAUUCGGCGAGGUGAUAUUUGCGGCGGUUUUGUUAGCUCGGUGAAAAUGGCGGAAGAGCACAUGGAGACGCUGUUGAAGAAGAACUACCAUGAAAAUUGCCCGGGUUGUAAGGUUGAGCAGAUGAAGCAGCUCCGUCGAGGAUUCCCUCUCUGGGAGCUUUGUACCGUUUGGAUCGUCGUCCUCUGCACUGCUCUGCCCAUCUCUUCUCUGUUCCCGUUCCUUUAUUUUAUGAUUGGUGAUUUUAAAAUCGCACAAAAGGAAGAAGACAUUGGCUUUUAUGCUGGAUUUGUUGGUUGCUCGUUUAUGCUUGGCAGAGCAUUUACAUCUGUUGCCUGGGGGAUGGUUGCUGAUCGUUAUGGUAGAAAACCUGUAAUCCUCCUUGGAACGGGUUCAGUGGUGAUAUUCAAUACUCUCUUUGGCUUAAGUUUGAAUUUUUGGAUGGCCAUCAUCACAAGGUUUUGCCUUGGAAGUUUCAAUGGUUUACUUGGACCUAUUAAGGCUUAUGCAAUGGAAAUUUUCCGUGACGAAUAUCAAGCGUUAGCUCUCUCAGCCGUUAGUACGGCAUGGGGAAUUGGAUUGAUCAUUGGCCCAGCCAUGGGAGGAUUUCUUGCACAGCCGGCAGAGAAAUAUCCCAACAUAUUCUCCAAGGAAUCAAUUUUUGGCAAAUUCCCGUACUUCUUGCCAUGUUUUGUAAUAUCACUCUUUGCUUUAGGGGUGACAAUAAUUUCCCUCUGGAUUCCGGAAACAUUACACAAUCACAAGUUUGAUGAUGCGUCACAUGAUGAUUCUUACGAAGCUCUGGAAGCGGCGAGUCAUGACCCAGACUUUGAUGGAAAAGCAGGGAGAGAUGAAGGAAGUUCUCUCUUAAAGAAUUGGCCACUAAUCUCGUCUAUCAUUGUUUAUUGUAUUUUUUCACUUCAUGACAUGGCUUACACAGAGAUAUUUUCCUUGUGGGCAAACAGCCCCAAGAGAUAUGGAGGUUUGGGAUACACCACCUCGGAAGUGGGUUCAGUUCUUGCCAUUUCAGGUUUUGGUCUCCUUGUAUUUCAGCUUUCAUUAUACUCUUACCUGGAGAGGCUUUUAGGACCUAUCAAAGUUACCCGUUUUGCUGCGGCUCUGGCUAUACCCCUUCUCUCAAGUUACCCGCUUAUAGCCAAGCUAUCUGGUUUCACCCUUAGCCUGGUGUUGAAUUGUGCUUCCGUCGCUAAGAAUGUGUUAAGUGUGUCUGUUAUAACCGGCUUGUUCAUUCUUCAAAACCAAGCUGUGAAACAACAUCAAAGAGGGGCGGCAAACGGCAUCGCCAUGACGGCGAUGUCAAUCUUUAAAGCGAUUGGUCCAGCUGCGGCAGGAGUCCUAUUUUCGUGGAGCGAGAAACGUCAAGAUGCCGCUUUCCUUCCGGGCACACAAAUGAUUUUCUUCAUACUGAACGUGAUCUUGGCCAUUGGAGUCGCUUCAACGUUCAAGCCGUUUUUAGCCGAAGCUAAAUAGGAAACCAAGGGUUGAAGAAAGCUGACAUCAAGGGGGCCCUUACGGUGGAUUCAUCUUGUGAUGAGACAAAGCAUGCCGAUUCUUUAAGAAGAAAACCGGAUGCAUUCGAUUUUGGUUCAGAUGCAGUUAAAUGUUGUUAAGUUUGAUUAUAUUCGAUGAUCAUAUGCAAUCGAAUGGAUGGUGGGUCCAGGGGCUAAAACCUAUACAUCAUGCCACAUGUGAUAUGAGAGACAUGGGAGGAUUCUGUACGGAAAAGAUGUGUACGAGAGACAUGAGAUGUGAUGCUAAUUUUUCCAUUUUGUUAAAAUUCUAAAAUAAAGUAUUUUGAUGAGA